UUCCCAGACUAUGAGCCUUUUUUCGACUUUAGGCAUUUCCAGCAAGGCAUCAGAUAGCCCCUAACUACCAAAUUCAGAUAUGAGUAGAUUAUUAAGACUUGAUGCAAAAGCUGCAGAAGUACAAGCACUAGCAGGCUACGAUGAUGAUCAGUGGCGGUGGUUUCAGGCAAGGUCUUUACAUAACGGUAUAUUUCAGGCUAACGACAUGCACAGAAGCUUACACUCUCCAAAGCAAAAGAAUAUAAAGAAAGAUUUUCAGUAGGCUGGCCAGAUUUAAAGCCAACAGACAAAGGAGACCUUAUUCAGGAUAUUAAAUCUGUAAUAAAGGAGGAUCAACAGUUAGAGAUUCCGCACGACGAUGUCAUUCGCUGGCGGUUGGACAAGGCCAUGCGCUCUAGUAUGUAACAUGACCGUAUUUAC